AUGAGCCUAACGCGUAGUGUCGGCCUGCGCGUAGGUCCGAUUGUAUUAGGGACCCUGGUGAAGCAUUACUUGGAGAAGAUUAGAAGAGAUUUUGUGCAGGAUAACGGGAGCAAAGGGAAGGAGAAGGACGAACUGGUGCAGUUGCGGCAAGAUGAGUUAAUAUACGAUGAAAUUUUUACGGUUGUAAAGGCCUUCUUGGAAGCAGCGACUCUUCACCCCGUAGAAGACAUCCAGUCCUUUUCUAAUACAAGAACACCGUCUCCGCCUUGGGUACACGUUGUUCGUGUCCGCGUACCGAUGUCAUCUUGUGACGAGGCUGCCAAAUAUCUAAUAACAGCACUUGGUGGCCAAGAACUUGCUGUGAAACUGGUCGGAGGCGUUAAAUGGUGGCAGGUUAGAAGCCUUGACGGUGUAGAUGCUCAGUGGAUCACCGCCAAAAAAGACUGGCAAGAAGCUAAACGUAGAUAUAAAGAUAGAGGGAAUACUCAACGCGAUGAAAAGCAUGAACCUAUGUUGGAUCAAAGUGAAAGCGCCACCUAUAACCAAGAUAUGGAUACGAUGAGAUGUAUCCUAUACGCUCAUGGAGGUGGAUAUUAUUUCGGAAGCGUAGAUCAGGAAAGGUAUAGCAUCCAGCGAUAUGCUAGGAAAAUCAACGGAAGAGUUUUUGCUAUGAAUUAUCGUUUGGCACCUCAAUAUCCAUUUCCCUGCGCAAUACAGGACCUCGUUGCAUCAUACCUUUAUUUGAUUCGACCUCCUCCAGGAGCCUCCCAUUUGCCCGUGAAGCCAUCACACAUUGUUGUUGCGGGCGAUUCUGCAGGCGGUGGCCUCAUACUUGCUCUCCUACAAGUUCUCCGAGAUGCCUCCCUUCCUCUUCCAGCCGGGGGUAUUCUCGUAUCCCCUUGGUGUGACCUCACACAUUCCUUUCCCAGCAUCCACACGAACACGGCUACGGACGUGAUGCCGCCGUACGGUUUUUCGUUACACAAACCUAGCACUCUUUGGCCUCCUCCAGAUGAGGAACUAGCUGGCCGAGUACGAACCGGACUGAAGCAAAGAUUUCGAGCAGUCUUCAAAGGCGAAGGAGACCCCAACGCUAGUGUUUUGACCUUUGGGACUAGCACAUCGGAAACUCACUCCAACGCCCCCGUUAAUGGUGCCAAUACCGAUCCUCCAAGCUCUGGCGAGGUACCGAAUGGCAUGCCAAUUAACGUAGGCGCAACUACCCCUCUUCCACUGCCAAAUUCUUCGUACGAUCAUGCGAACCCAUUUGAUUCAAACAAAUCGGCUUACGAUUCAAUCAUUUUACAAGCUCAAAAUGGCGAAAUUCUAAGUAUACAGCAGCAGAUUCAGCUCUAUACGACAAAUGCGUUGUUGGGACAUCCACUAGUUAGUCCGGCGCUAGGGUAUCUGGGCGGGCUGCCGCCGUUGAUGUUUGUAAUCAGUGACAAAGAGGUCUUGAGAGAUGAGGGGAUAUAUGUUGCGCACAAAGCUGUUUAUCCUGAGCAGUUUCCUAUCAGAGAUACCACGAGAGCGCUCUAUCCGGCUCUGUAUGGUAUCGAGGAAAGAUUUAAAGGAAAACCAACGCCUGUGCAUCUACAGUUGUAUGACGACACCGCCCAUGUUCUUCCAGUAUUAUUCUCAUUCACCACUCCUGCAAAAUACUGUUUCCGCGCUAUGGCUAUUUUCUGCAAAUACGUUACAGGGAUGCCACUCUUUCCCAACAACUCAGAUGAUGCCCCAAACACACCACAGAAGCGAGCGAGCGAGUCUUCCCCAACAGGCCUCUUGUCCUCUCUGUCCUCAUCCAUUACCUCAGCGCUGGUCGGAUCCGGAGCUGAGACGGGUGGCGCUUCACCACCAUUGUCUCCUCGAUCAAUCAAGUCGUUCACUAUCAGUGGAAGCGGAAUUGUUUCAAAGAGCGCACUAUCAAUACGAAGGAAGUCGCGGAAAUCAACUGGUUCCGAUUAUCCGAUUCCCGAUCUCAAGAGGUCAGCGUCGGAGUACCAAGGUGAAUUCGGUCGGAAUGAGAUGAAGUCCAGAUCAAUGUUCGCUCUUCGGUCGAGGAAGAGUGGUUCGGACAUUCGGAGGUUGAAUGACGACGCAAAGAUGGACCAAAAUUUGGACUUGAGUCGUGAUAGAGAAACGAAGAAGGCACCAAACGAAGGUGGGGUCAACACUCCCCCGAAGUGGAAACAUACAAAGGUCCCGCCGGUUCCCUCACUCUCUCUUCACCCUCAUCUUGAAUUCUCAUCCCCGAAGUCCCCACGUUCUAUACCUCUUCCGUCUUCCCCUUUACCUUCAAUAGACACGUCUUUUUCUGUUCUGGAGUUGGACAUGGCUUUUGCAAAUGCAGGAUCAUUUGCUGUGGGCUCUUCGGAUAGCAGUCCACUGGUGCCAGAGCACGGUCAGGACAACAUGAUCGAUGUAUCACAUUUGACCUCGUCACCGACCACGUCGAUGAUGCCUUCACCGCGGCUUAUACCACUGCCCGCUUCAUCUUCUGGUAUGCCUUCUUCAUCAACGACCGUAUCACAGGUUCACAGUGACCACCUGGAAGGGAUCGAGGGUUUACCUGUAUCAAUGUCUUCAGAAGCAACCAUGUCUCAGCUACGAGAAUCACCGCUGUCGUUACGGAUUCCAUUGCCGCCUUCGCCGUUGCCAUCGUACUCGAAGGACUCCAUGGCAUCACUAUCUUCGUCUGGUUCCACUAGUACACAUAUAGCUCUUGCAGAGACUCAUCGUACAAAACAGGCCCGUAAGGAAACCCUACCAAAUAAAGAGAGGUGUGCAGGAGAUCCAAUCGUGUACUCAGAGACAUCCGAAUUUCCUUCCCUCUUCGACUCGCUCAUGAUUCGCGAACGAGUAUCGACCCGAGGUGUCAUUCGCCCGCUCGAGCCGUUUUCCGAUCUCCCCGCGUUCUCAAUCCCUCCGCAACUGAUCGGCGAGAUCUCUGAACGCGCUGUGAGAAGGUAUAUCGCUGGGCGUACGUUCUUUGAACAUAAGUUUUCAGGGACGAGAAAAGCUAUAGAGCAGAGACGGAGGAAGCAUUUACAGAAAGCUAGGAAAGAUACGACUAGGAAUAUGAGUGCGUUGAAAGGGAGUGUUGAGAGGGAAAGUAAGAAAAUGAAGCAAGAAGAAGAACCAUGGAGUGGCGAAGAGGAAGAGGAUCAUCAUCAUGGUCCCCGAUCCCCAAACUCACCAUAUCUCUCCAACAAUAAUUCAUCUCCAUUCAACAUCGAAACUGCCCUCCUCGCGUCCUCCGGCUGGUCUUGGUCAUGGGCUUUAGAUAACAACGAGCAUCCACCCCCGAGUAGUCUCGUUGCGCGGCGGGACACACAUGAGGCACUGAUGCUUGCGCGGGUAGCAGAUCAGGGUGUGCUGCAGGAUGAACAAGGAGGAGGAGUGAGUGCGGCGAUGAGUGGAAACAACCUCUGGAGUGUGGUUGUUGGUUUUUUAACGCCUGCUGGGAAUGGGAACGGGAGUGGCUUUCGGACUGGCGGAGAAGAACACAACCGACGAGAGAGAGACCCAGAAUUGAGCCCGGACCGCCGGAAGGAAAAACCAAAUGCGCAGUCGUCGCCUCCGAGUCAGGCGGUGUCAGAAGAUACUGAAGCUCCUUCUACAUCAACAAGAAACCUUACACCAUCGAAAUUUUCCUCAUCCCCCAUAUCUUCUCCGCCGUCAAAGAUUCGUCUAUUAGGGAAGAAACCAAGUGUGAAUGCGCUUCGCGCUCGACUUGCUUCAAUGGGUACUUCGCGUGGGAAAUCUCCUCCUCCCCCUCCACCUGCUGCUAUUACAGUUGCAUCCUCGUCAAACACGUAG